AUGACCCAAGGUGUAGGCAACGGCCACCCUAACGGGCUGGUGCUGCCACAUGUCCGAACACUUCCCCUUUUCUACGACAGCGAAGAUUCUCAGCAAUCUGCCACUCGUCUAAUCCUGACUGUUCGACCAGACUGGGCCUCCGACGACUCCAACAUAGAAUUCGUUCGAUUUACCGACGGCAUCACCAAUACCCUGCUCAAGGCGAUCAACAAGCGGAAGCACUGGUCCAAGGAGGAUAUAGACAGGGAGGCUAUCCUGUUGCGAGCGUACGGCAAUGGAACUGCCGUUCUCAUUGACCGCGAGCGCGAGGCCCAGAACCAUGAGCUUCUUAUGAAGUAUGGACUGGCCCCCGAGCUGCUUGCUCGCUUUCAGAAUGGUAUGCUGUACCGCUUCAUCAAGGGCAGCGUGACAGCUCCCGAGGACCUGAGAAAGCCUGCCAUCUACAGGGCUGUCGCCAGUAGGUUGGCCCAGUGGCACGCGACUGUGCCCUGCAUUACUCAGCCGACGUUAACGGAUGGUCACGCCAAGGAGAACGGUGCCGAUGGCCACGAAGAUCCGGAGGCCAUCAUCGACAACGCCGCUCCAGGCAAGCCGGUCCCGAACCUGUGGACUGUGAUGCAGAAGUGGAUACUGGCCCUGCCUACAAACACGCAGGUUCAAAGGGAUAGGCAAGACAAGCUUCAGAAGGAGCUUGAAUACAUUGUCAAAGAGUUCAGUCAGCGUCCCGGCCUUGGUGUUGAUGGUCUCGUGUUUGCCCACUGCGAUCUUCUGAGCGGAAACGUGAUUGUAUUACCGAGCAGCUUGUCCGCGAAGGGUGGCAGAAAGGAAGCUACGGUCACCUUUAUCGACUACGAAUACGCCACGCCCUCCCCAGCGGCAUUCGACAUCGCCAACCACUUUGCCGAGUGGGGUGGCUUCGAUUGCGACUACAAUGUGCUGCCCACAAAGUCCCAGCGCCGAGAGUUCAUCGACGAGUAUGUCCGCUCAUACUUCAGAUACUCUCAAGGUAACACAGGUGUCGACGUCGAAGCCGAGGUCAGGAAACUCAACGACGAGGUUGAUCUCUUCCGCGGUGUGCCGGGGUUCUAUUGGGGCAUCUGGGCACUGAUACAGGCCGUCAUCUCGGAGAUUGACUUUGACUAUGCCUCAUACGCAGAGACGCGCCUCGCCGAGUACUGGGCGUGGAAAGAGGAGAAACAAGGCAGCCGGGCGGCUGCCGGCAAAGAAAUGCCCCUGCGCGAGAGACGAUGGGAGCAGGCGGAGUAA